AAGAAAAAAAUGCAUGCACUUUUAAGUAUAGUAGUAGUAGAUUGAGGUAGCUGGUUAUGACCAUAUGGAGAACGGUGUCGUUGUAGACACGUCCUUUAGCAAAAUCGAAAUCCUCAUACUAGUCGAGCUUAACAUCAACAUGACUUGCCUAAAAUAAACGUAUUCUCAUCUAAAAUAGCCAUACUCGUUAUUGGUUUGGGCCUAAAAUUUUAAAAAGAGCAACCACACUCACCAGCAUGGACACCGCCGGCGAGCCGGCGACCUUUGUGCCGGAGCCCCUCUCUCCGCGGCGAGCGCGACGCAGAGGCCGCCGACGACAAGCCGCUCGCCGGGAUCAGCUGCUAGGUGCCGUGCGCGCGGGCAGAGCGCUGCACGUUCACCAUGUCGAGCGGCGUGUCGCGGCCGGCUGCCCGCAGGUGAGCAUGGUCCCUGCUCGUCGGUCGGUGAGCCGGCGAGGCAACGGUACACGGAAACGAGGAAGAAUUGCGAAUCUUUCCUGUCCGAAUCUAGCGGAAUAUAUCGUGUAUCCUAGAACGAAAAUUCGUUUUGAACACCAUACGUCAGUUCGUCUAGAAGCAGAUCAUGGCGCGCACCGACCGGUCGUCGUCACUCCAACGUACUAUAAGUAAGAGUAGCAGCAAGAGAUAAGGAGCAAUCGAUCCAGCGUGGCGGCAUGCAGGAUUCAGCCGGCCAAGUAAAAGAAAACUCAAAAUAAGCCGUACAUGUUAAUCGUCUUGUUAAUCAUGAUGAACUGCAUGCCUUGCAUCCGAAGCCAUCUUCAAGCCAAGUAGACCACGGCGCGAUCCGCCAUUGGCCACGCGCUGUCGCAACCUCUAUAUAGUACACGAGUGUCAGUGUGUCGGCGUCACUGAUCGAUGGCGGCCGCCACGCACGCUCAGCCGUCCGGCGUCGACGGCCGCGACGAGCCGAACGUGGCGGCGGCCAACCGGAGGAACGGCGCGCACGCCGUCCUCGCCGCGGCGUCCGCCCUCGUCGGCCUCCCGCCCGAGUACGCCAAGGCGCGCGCCGUCCUCCUCUUGCUUCUCCUGCUUCUCGGCUGCGCCACCGUCCACCUCUCCAUGGGCGGCAACCGCCACCGCCACUGGCUCCGCGCCGUGGCGCCCUCGCCGGCCGCGCGCGUCGUCGACCGCUCGCGGGCGCGGCUACGGUGGACGGGGUUCCACGCGCUGCUCUUCCUGGCCGGCUCCCGCCUGCUCCUCGGCCCCAGAACGGCUGCGCCGCCGUCGCCGUCGCAGCUUCUCGGCGCGAACGCCCUGCUCGUGACGGGCGCCAUCCUCGUGCUGGUCUCCACCGCCUACGACGGCGUCCCGCGCUCCGUGCGCCCGGCGGCGGCCGCGGCGGCGAGGGGGCUCGACGGGCUCCUCUUCGGCGGGCGCUUCGCUCCGGCGUCCGACGCCGACGACUGAACGGUGGCGCCGGUCGUGUGCAGCACCAUCUUCGGUUAAUUGGUUGACUUGUAUGUUGGUAACUGAUCGACCAUGCAAUUGAUCAGACGAUCUUAGAGAAAGAGGGACAUAUCUCUCUUGACAUAAUUGCAAUUUCUUGGGGAUUUUUUUGAGGUUUCCUCUGAUCUUCUUGAUGGUUGUAAUUAGCAUAGCAGCUGCAGCACAGAGCAAUUGGGAAAGGUUGAAGCUAGCCUAGGUAGGCACUACCUGAUUACAAUGAUUAGAUGGGUGGGGAUUAAUCAUGCAAGGAAGUCAAAGUCUUGGUCAAUGCCAUUUGUAAUACUUAGUAAUUAACAGCACUACACAUGACACAUGUGCCAUAUCUAUCUCUGCCAAGAGUAGUUAUCA